AUGGGACCUGCACGAUAUAAUAACAAAAACUGGCGACCUUUUAAUAAAAGGGUAAAGAAGAAAUGUCAAGAAGACAAUAAAAGUGUGGGGAAGGGAGGGACGAUGACAAUGAAGCAAACAAGCCAACCGCGUAAUCAACAUCAAAACAGCAACAGCAGGUGGAGUAGUAUCAUGUAA